GCUCCCGUCCCCUGAUCGUCCUCAUGGCUCUCCUCUAGACUUUCUCAAACAGCCUACUGUCCUUGUGCUGGGGGUCCAGACCUGAAUGUAGUGCUCCAAAUAUGGUAUCAUGAGAGCAGAGCAAAGGGGUACAAUCACCUCCCUCACCCUGCUUGCCAUGCUUCUUUUCAUGCAGCACGAGAUAUGAUUAGCUUUUUCCAUUGGAAGCACACAGUGUUGACUUAUAUCCGAUUUUUCAUCCACCAUAUUCCCAAGUUCUCUUCUCAGGGAUGCUCUCAAGCUGUUCAGCACCUACAAGUCUUCCUACCAUCUCAGAGAGCCGUCGUUUGCCUGCUGACUCGGUGUCACCUGUGUGAUGAUGCUGUUGUGUGAUGAUGUGUGGUGCAGGCGAUGUUUUUGCUGCCACAGGUGAUGGGCUGCAUGUGUCAGCCCAGGGCAUUGAGUCAUAGCCAUGGCACUUCCCCUUGCCACUAGGAUGCGACAACCCGUGCACCCCUGGGGACGACGACAGCGUCCUGCCUGCUCCCCCACCUUCCUACAGGGCAGCCUGCCUGCUGCCACUGUGCAUUUUUUUUUUAAUAAAAUGCUGAGAGAGGGUGAUGGUGAGCUCAACUUUCUCUCUAACCCAAACCAGCGAAAAGUAAAAUCCAUCUUACCACAUCAGUUUUGUUUUCACUGCUGUUGAAGUCGCUCCUUUCCCUCUGGCAGAGCACUGCACAGUCAUUACACGCCCAGUUUGGGGGUGGUGUGGUUGUUAGCUCAGCGGUGUAUGACCCAUUUAUUUUCAUAAUACUGAGAUACCUGUGCUUCUGUAGCACUCACCACACAUUCCUGUGCCCCAAAUCAUUGCCAGAGAAGCCUUUACCUGCUUUCAGCAGCACUGCGCAAAGCAUCAGAUGCCCAAAGCAGCCAGUUAAGCACCUGACUUGGUGCAGGCUGCAGGAAAGUGGUGAGCACUGAGGUCUAGCCAGCCAUUAGUAGGCAAACUAAGGGCAGUAAAGCUGUAUUUGUCUUAGAAUAUCGGGUUAAAUGCAGAUUACUAGCUUACUACAGAACAGGUUUCCUGCUGUGAUUUGCGAAGAGUUCAAAUGAGAGUAUCAGGCUGCUUUCCUGGCUACAGUGCUUUGCAUUCUCAGAGACAGCAAGAUGAUUAAUAACAGUGCAUUGUUAACUCUCCCCAUCUCCAGACAUGGCCUCACCUAUACUCUUAUUUAGCCUGAUAAGACAGACCUUUUUUCAUUAUUUCUUUUUUGCUCUGUUAAUUGGGUUGGCUUUCUGCGGAUUUUCAGAUGAUAAUUAGGCUCAUGCUUGUGUUGCUUUGCAGAGCUGGUUAAAUGAAAGAAUCGGGCACAAGAGAGGAGGAUAAACCAGCAUUGUAGUAGAUACGGGAGUUUUAUGGAUAAAAUUAAAAAGUAAUUUGCAAGGCGACUUGAAGUAAAGUGGAUUUAAACAUUAUGAGAUCAUCUUUGACAGCAAUUUGUUUGAAGUUCUUCCACUAUGAUGAGUGUAAAGGGAUUUUUUUUCUAAUUGCCAGUUUCUGGUAGAGUAUUCAGCAUAUUUUUUCACAGGUAAGUGAAGUAUUAACUCCUUUUACAGCAUUAGUUUGGGUCUGUGUCUGGGGGAAAGAAACAGAGUUGCAGAGAGGCAUCUUCUCCAUUUUGUCAUUUAGGUGCUGAUCAGCAAUCAGCUAAUUUAGAGAGAAACUUUACCAGAUAAAUGAGGGAAAACAGUUAAUUACAGGUAUGAAAAUCCCACAGGAUCCUUGACAGAGGAGGUACGCACUAUGUGUGAAUAUCUGCCCUUGAUGGUUACCAGGAUAUAAUAACACUCUAGGUACAAAUUGGAAAAAAAGAAACAGCAAUUAACUACUUUGCAUCCCUUGUUCAGAUGAGCCAUGAGUUCUGGGUUUUUUGCAUUUAUAUACUUUUGCUGUAGGUGCUGGAAGUGUGGGUGGCCAAGAAGAAACAGUGGUUACAAUAAGAUUUUCCAUUUAUUGCCCUUUGUGUACUACUUAAAAUAAGAUUCAAGUGCUUCAGAAUUUGUAGAGCAAGCAUAAUCGUCCUGCUAGCUCUGAUGCCUGGCUUGUAUGCAGCUUCAUCUCUGUCCGGGUGUGAACGGCAUGUCUGUGGAUGAGAAGACUGACUCCCCCAUGUAUGUGUAUGAGUCAACAGUGCACUGUACCAAUAUUCUCCUCUGCUUAAAUGACCAGCGCAAGCAAGAUAUUCUCUGCGACGUGACGCUCAUCGUGGAGGGGAAGGAGUUCCGCGCCCACCGGGCUGUGCUGGCCGCCUGCAGCGAGUACUUCUUGCAGGCCUUGGUGGGGCAGACGGAAAAUGACCUGGUUGUCAGCCUGCCAGAAGAGGUCACUGUCAGAGGAUUUGGUCCAUUGCUACAGUUUGCCUACACUGCUAAGCUGUUACUCAGCAGAGAAAACAUCCAGGAGGUCAUCCAUUGUGCUGAGUUCCUGCGCAUGCACAACCUGGAGGACUCCUGCUUCAGCUUCCUUCAGACGCAGCUGCUGAACAACGAAGAUGGCCUGUUCCUGUGCAAAAAAGAUACCACUUGUCAGCGCAUGCAUGAUGAGGAAAACUCGGAUGGAGAUGAGGAGGAGACGAUGGAAUCGGAGACGUCAAAAAUAUCUUGCCCAAGAGAGAGAAUGCACCAGGAGCCCUUCAAUUUUGAAACCACCGUUGCUGGCGCAGACAAAGGAGAAGGGAUUCUGCCCAACUCUGACAUGCUGAGAGACAGCAAGGACAAUUUGGACAAAGAUGCAGUGACGCGGUACCCCAGAUACAAGAAAUACCAGCUUGCUUGUACCAAGAAUGUCUACAACACAUCACACAUCAGUACCUCAGGUUUUGCAAGCACAUUCAGUGAAGAGAGUUCUGGAAACAGCCUCAAAUCAGGACUUGCUAUGGGGCAGAUAAAAAGUGAGCCUCAGAAUGAAGAGAAUGAUGAAGAAAGCAUCACGCUUUGCCUGUCUGGAGAUGAACCUGACAUCAGGGAUAAAGAAGGGGAUGUUGAAAUGGACAGGAAACAGCCAAGCCCCACUUGCGUCGACAGGCCAAAAAGUGGGUCUUCUCCUUCUUGCUUGCGGUCUUUCUUCAACAGAACAAAAAGUAUAGAUUUGGUUGGCUUCCCCAGCACUUCCCAACAGCACUUUGGCAGGAGUCCAGCGUGCCCUUUUGAAAAAGGGACAACUCAGGGUGACCACAAAACUGAUUACGUCCCUUUCACAGGGAACUACGGACAGUCCCAUGCCAUGCAAAAGGAUGCUUCCAACUUCACGGUGGGAUCGCCGCUCAGGGGGCCCGGCUUUGAAACUCUUUGUAAGCAAGAGGGGGAACUGGACAGGAGGAGUGUUAUAUUCUCUUCAAACGCUUGUGACCAAGUAAACACUUCGGUGCAUUCAUAUUCUGGUGUGAGCAGCUUGGACAAAGACCUCACUGAGACUGUGCCAAAGGGUCUGUGGGCUGGUGGUAGCCAGUCUCUCCCCAGCUCUCAGACCUAUUCCCACAGCGGACUGACAGCUGAUCACUUGUCAGGAAGGAUGCGGCCGAACACCAGCUGUCCAGUGCCAAUUAAAGUUUGCCCUCGCUCACCUCCUUUAGAGACCAGAACGAGGACCUCCAGCUCGUGCUCUUCCUACUCAUAUGCAGAGGACGGCAGUGGUGGCUCCCCCUGCAGCCUACGUCUGUGUGAGCUCUCCUCUUCCCCUUGCUCCCAAGGCCCCCGAUUCCUGGCGCCCGAGCACCAGGAGCCCGGUGUGGUGGGAGAUGGAUUGUACAACCCAGUUCGAGCCCAGAUUAAAUGUGAGCCAUCCUAUGGAACAAACUCCAGCGAUGAGUCUGGGUCAUUCUCAGAAGCAGACAGUGAAUCAUGUCCUGUGCAAGACAGAGGGCAUGAGGUGAAACUUCCUUUUCCUGUUGAUCAAAUCACAGAUCUUCCAAGGAAUGAUUUCCAGAUGAUGAUAAAGAUGCACAAACUAACCUCAGAACAGCUUGAGUUCAUCCAUGAUGUUCGCCGGCGCAGCAAGAACCGAAUUGCAGCUCAGCGCUGCCGCAAGAGAAAACUGGACUGUAUUCAGAACCUGGAAUGUGAAAUCCGCAAGUUGGUGUGUGAGAAAGAGAAGUUGCUCUCAGAAAGGAACCAGCUGAAAGCAAGCAUGGGCGAAUUGCUGGAUAACUUCUCAUGUCUUUCCCAAGAAGUGUGCAGAGACAUGCAGAGCCCGGAACAGAUCCAAGCCCUUCACCGCUACUGCCCCGUUCUCAGACCCAUGGAUCUGCAGACGGCCACCAACAUCAGCCCCUCAACGGGUGUGGAGCAGGGCCUGGCAACGUCGCAGUGUGUUGGGGAAGGCAUGCAGUGCUGCUCAGAGCAGGGCCCCGUGCAGCUGGGAGCAUCCUGGCUGCCCAACAACGUCUCAGAGAAUUGCUCGGCCAGCGGCGGGGGGUUGGAUGGAGCUGAGCCAGGUACUUACCCUGAGAGAGAGCUUCCGCGAGAGCAGAGUAGCCAAACGGUCACGGUAGACUUCUGUCAGGAAAUGACUGAUAAAUGUACAACAGAUGAACAGCCUAGGAAAGAUUACACCUAGUGACUUGUAACCUUACCGUUACACCUGGUCAGGUGUUCUUCAGUCAGCCAGUGGCAGUGCUCAUUUGUUGUCUAGAAGAACGUAUUUGGUGCACACUACAGUGGUCUUAGCAGCAAUACUGUUUUUAAGUAUUCCCUCCUCUCUACAAGCAGGAGUUAUCUUCACAAUGGUGCUAUCCCUUGCUCAGGCAGGGAAUUACACAGUGGCAACACUGUCUGUUUUUGUAUGUUGAUUUCAAUCUUAACAGGGAUGGACAUAACACCUCUGAGGACCCAACCGCAGCUUUUUUCUCAGUGGCCCAUGUCACAAAACCCUAACUCAGGAAUUUCCUCUGAAUGUUCAAUUUUUCAUUGAAGACAGCUUCUUUACACAUCAAAGUUUUAUAGCUAAACUGUAUAUAUUAUAUAUAAUAUAUAUAAAAUAUAUAUAUCCAUAUGCAAAAGUCCCUGCAUGCCUCAAUUUUUCUCAUCCUACAAACUGGAAGCUUUCAUUUAUAUUGUAUAAACAAGUUCCAACAUUCCUUUUUGUCUUCGAUGCUAGAACUAGUUUGGUAACUUGUUACACAAUUUUUUUUCUUGGUUCACAGUUCAGCAAUAUCAUUCAAUUUGUACUUAUUUAUAAAAUUUUAAUGUUGGAAUCUUAUUUGAGAUUUUAUUAUAGACAAUUUUUUUGGCACAGCCAUUUUGUGCCACUUGAGCAAUGUGGAUUUAUUUUAUUUUCUUGCAGAUACUGU